UCUUCUGCUUCUGCUUCUUCUGGUGCCAAAGCUUCAGUCUCUCACUCAAGUAUGAUGCUGACUCGAGAGUGGAGUGAAGCACAGAGAUGCUGAGAGGAUACCGUUCGCCUUGGAUGCUGUUUUGACACAAACUCCUGAGUGUUGUGAUGGGGACUGUGAGUGAGCUGUGUGCCUCCAGUUUCCAGGCAUUUCUGUGUCCUACGGUGCGGCCAGGGCCACCUGCUGCAGCAACAGUGCCUGAUGACCUCAGUCCAGAGGAGAGACAGGAGCUGGAAAGCAUCCGACGCAGAAAACAAGAGCUCCUGCAGGACAUAAAAAGGCUGAAGGAUGAGAUAGCAGAGGUGACCAAUGAGAUUGAAAGCCUGGGCCUGACUGAAGAGAGGAAAAGCAUGCAGAGGAAUAAACAGAUGGCCAUGGGCCGAAAGAAGUUCAACAUGGACCCCAAGAAGGGGAUUCGCUUCUUAAUUGACAGCUCCCUGCUGAAAAACACCAGCAGUGACAUUGCCCAGUUUCUCUACAAGGGCGAGGGGCUGAAUAAGACCGCUAUCGGUGACUACCUCGGGGAGAGAGAUGACUUCAACAUCGAGGUUCUGCACGCCUUCCUGGAGCUUCACGAGUUUACAGACUUGAACCUGGUUCAGGCUCUCAGGCAGUUCCUGUGGAGCUUCAGGCUGCCCGGCGAGGCUCAGAAGAUUGACCGCAUGAUGGAGGCGUUCGCCCUGCGCUACUGUCGCUGUAACCCCGGAGUGUUUCAGAGCACAGAUACCUGUUAUGUGUUGUCUUUUGCUGUGAUCAUGUUGAACACCAGUCUACACAACCCUAAUGUAAAGGACAAACCCUCCGUCCAGAGAUUCACAGCGAUGAACAGAGGCAUCAAUGAUGGAGGAGACCUGCCGGAGGAGCUUCUCAGGAACCUGUACGACAGCAUCAAGAAUGAGCCCUUUAAGAUCCCCGAGGACGACGGGAACGACCUCACACACACCUUCUUCAACCCCGACAGAGAAGGAUGGCUGCUGAAACUUGGUGGACGAGUUAAGACCUGGAAGAGACGCUGGUUUAUUCUCACAGAUAACUGCCUCUACUACUUUGAAUACACGACUGAUAAAGAACCCAGGGGAAUUAUUCCACUGGAAAAUCUGAGUAUCAGAGAAGUUGAUGACUCUAAGAAACCAAACUGCUUCGAGCUCUUCAUCUCGGAGCACAAAGAUCAGGUGAUUAAAGCCUGCAAGACGGAGGCAGACGGACGCGUCGUGGAGGGAAACCACACUUUUUACAGAAUCUCUGCCCCAACCGCAGAGGAGAAAGAAGAAUGGAUCAACAGCAUCAAAGCCGCCAUCAGCAAAGACCCGUUCUACGAGAUGCUGGCUGCUCGGAAGAAGAAGGUGUCGUCUCUGAAGGGGCUGUAGAGGAUGAAACAGGAGGUUUGGCUUAAAGCAGCUGACUGGAUGUGGACCUGAUACUCCUGCUGCUGCAGUGACACUUGGACCUGACGGACCAUUCAGCUUUUAAAGAAGCUCUUCUUCCGUCACCUUUGGAACUGGCGCACCUUCAGUACAGACACCUCGUUCUGUACAAGUCGGACCUUUUUCCCCUCACCUAGAAAUGAAGGAUUCAGUCAUAGACCUCUUUUAUAUCCUAGUGCUGAACACUCUACUGCUGCAGUGCUGUGCCCUCCGGUUAGGACUCCCACUACUCUUAAAAUCUGCUUCAAACAACGACUUUAAGGGAUGUUGAUUUUUAAAGUGGGGUUUUAUGAGACAUUUAUUCAUCUAGUACCUCAUACAACCACACUUAAAAAAAAAUAUCCCUCUAUAAGCGAUUUUUCAGUCUGAUUGAAACUCACUUGCUGAUGUUUGAUAAAGACAGUUACAUUACAGCAGCAGGAUGGAAACAGCGGAUGAAUAAAUCAUUGAGUUUAAUUUCUAUUUCGAUCAGCUGAGGCCUGUUUUCAUUACAUGGAUUAUUAAAACACGUUACGAAGAUAUCGACCGGAAGACAAAUUUAAAAAUCAUCUCAUCUUGGACGUUGUUGUUUUGUCUGUUUCUCAUAAAAAUGCUUUUUUUUCUAAGCCUGUUUUCUUACUGCUGUAGGUCUAUUGUCAAAGCACUGUUAAUGAUGAUGGUGUUGCAUAAAAAUAGUUAAAUAUUUAUU